AGGAAGAGGAGCAUGUUGUCUUAUCCCGCAGUGAUGUGUUUAGUCACCUCUCCUCUCCCCCAUCCCCAUUGGAUAGUGAAAGGCCCCGCCCACAUCGUUUGCUCCAACCACAGCUCUUCAGGGUAAUGAAGACUCCAGCAGCUGAAGUGGUUCAGAGGUGUUUGGAGCUCUCUCAGCACAGACCUGUGUCUGUUCUGGAUAAUGAGCGUUUCACUGUGCAACGUUUAUUAGAGAGAGGCCUAGCGCCUUUUGUCCUGGUGCUGCUCCUGGUUCUGAAUCUGUUACGUAUUUUGUUUGGCGCGCCUGGUGUGGGACCGUGGCCUGUUACACUCCUGCAGCUACCUGUGAAUGGUGUUUUACCUUUGUUGCCCCUGACUUUCCCCCUGCUUUGGGUUCUUGUGUGCAUGUACGGAGAGGCCUGUGUUCUUUUACAGAUGGGCUCGCAGCCAGCGGACUGGUGGGAACUGUGGAAGUUGACCUGCAAGAAAUGUUACUCAGUGAUCUGGGGUCAAACAUUGACACUCUGCCACACCGCUAGUUUGCUGCACAGUCUGGGAUCUGUAACUGUCCUGUGCUGUGUUGAUAAGCAGGGUAUUCUCUCAUGGCCCAGUCCAAACCCUGAAAAGAUUCUGUUCUUCAGCAAGUCCACCUCAUCACAAGAGACAGAAAGACAGAGGCAAAAAGAGGCAAAGAAAGACAAAGAUACAGAAGAGAUCCGCUCACUCUGCAGUCUAGAGAUGUUGAGUUUGUCGGUGGGUCAGGCUCAGUGUGAUGACACAUGGCUGCAGUUUGAUGACACGUGCUGGCAACGCCACGCUCCCUCUCUUCGGCCUCUGGGAUUGGCUGUGCAGUUAGUCCUCUGCAAUCCUGGAGUUGCCACCCGCAUGCUCCGCCUCUCUGACCACCUGACCCAUGCUGCGCUGGUGCGCACUCGACCCCCUUGUCAGCCAGUCCGCCCACCCUGGGGGCUCUGCCAUCUACCAAGGAUUCUAGGCUUCUCCACCUCCGCAAAGGAGCCUUUCGAACAGAGAAUGAGUGUGGCAGCCUACACCCUGCCCUCCAUCUCCUGCCCUGGAGACCCAGGGAUCAUUGCUCCACCUUCUGUGUCAAUGAGACGGCUUCCUUUCUCACAUCUCAUAGCACUGCUGGUGCACCACACUCAAACUGGAGAUCUUCAGUUGUUCUCAUAUGGCUCAGCUGAUGUAAUUUUGGGUGCAUGCACUGAAUUCUGGGAUGGAGAGGAUAUUCAAUGCCUCACCGACUCUGACAGGAAGAAAGUUGUGGAUUUUUAUCAGCGUUCUUGUAUGGCUGGUCAGUGUGUGGCCGUUUCCUUUAAGCCACUGUUGCAACCACAUGACCCAAAAAUAGAUGACACCUGUGUGGAACUGCCUUUCAACCACAAUACUGAUACUACAGAUGACACCUCUAUCACACCCCUCAGGCAGCAGAUCUUUCUUGGUCUGGUGUCAUCACAGUUUCAAGCCCGUCCUGAUGUGGUCAGACUUAUCUCAGGGCUGGAUAGUGCUUGCAUUCGUUUUGUCUUUUUUUCCAUCGAAGAGGAAGUUCGAAGUAAGGUGUUUGCUGAGAAAAUGGGACUGGAGACGGGAUGGAACUGUCACAUCUCCCUCCAAUCAGAGAGCUUCCCUCUCGACCCAGAUAACGUGGAUGAGCCAGAGACAGAGGAAGAGGAGGAAAUUCUGCUAAGAGACAGUGUCAGAGAGAGGACAGAGUCAAGAGCCAUGGAGCAUGAUGGAGCAUGUCUUAUCGAGGACUUAAACAGGGCCAAACUUCCAAAAGGAAUAGAGAAUGUGAGGCCACAUCUGGAGAACAUUGAUAAUGUUCCAUUGCUGGUCCCUUUAUUUACAGACUGCACAUCUCAGACUGAAUGUGAGAUGGUGUGUAUCAUGCAGGAGUAUGGAGAGGUCGUGUGCUGCCUCGGGAGCAGUCAAAACAUCAACAACAAUGAAAUUUUCCUACAAAGCGAUAUCAGCAUUGCUUUAGAUCCUCUGGUUCCCACAUGUUGUUGGUCCACUUCUGAUGCUGCUGAUGAAACUUUAAACAAAUCAGACUCUUUGAGCGUAACUCAGCUCUCUAGCGCCAUCUGUGGGCUGGCCUGCACAGUACAGUUUAACCAACAAGACAACAACACGGUCAUCAGGCUCAUCAAACAGGCACGUCACACCACGGCAGGCAUCAGAAAGUGUUUUCUGUUCUUGCUCCAGUGUCAGCUGUCCCUUGUCCUUAUUCAGAUUCUGGCAUGUGUGUGUCAACUUCCUCCUCCACUGGGCACAAGUGAUGUCCUCUUUCUGUCCUGUUUCUAUUUUCCCUUACUCGGUGUGUCCCUCCUGGGAAAGCCAUCUGACAAUUCCAUCAUGAAAGUUCCAACUGGGAAAAAUCUUAGAUUCCUACCAAAAAAGACAUUGCAGUUGUUUGUGCUGUGUUUCCUGGUGAAGUUUGGUCUCACCGUCUGCACCUUCCUCACAUGCUUUGGCCUCCUUCUGCACAGCUUCUGCCUUGAUAUUAACCACCAAGAUGAAGACCUGUGUCACCCAGCAGCACUUCUCAUGAAUUCAACAGUGUGGUCUCCAGAUUGGUACGGCAGGCAUUCUGAUGGUCUCUCUCUGGCUCAGAAAGUCAUCGCCUUCCUUGUGCUGCUCAAUGCCAUGUGUACAUCCAUCAGUCAUGUGCAUCGCUCGGCUCCCAUGUGGAAACAGAGUCCGCUGAGCAACCGCUGCUGGUGUGCCGUCAUCUGCAUUGUGCCGGUUCUUAAUGCUUCUUUAGCGAUGGCGUCCCGCUUCCUGUGGCAUGAUCCCGACCUCCACCACACAUUCUAUAUCUCUGAUAUUCCCAUGGUAACCUGGAUGUUAGGAAUGCUCUGGCUGAUUCCGCUGGUCUUUAUCAAUGAAGGCAUCAAACUGCAUGAGAUCAGGAUGAGGGUGAGAUACCAGAAACGACAGAAGCUUCAAUUUGACACCAAACUCGGCAUGAACUCCCCUUUUUGACACAUCUGUCAAAAACAUGUCAAAACCUUAGAUAGGCAUCCUUUCUAUUGACACUAGGCAUUGGAAUGAAAUAAAAUACAGUGUUGACCUCUAGAUGGCAGUACUGCAAUGACAACAACAUCAGCAACCCCUAAAAGAGACUCUCUCCAGUCUGCAGACGUUAAUGCCCCUUGACCAACAUGAAUUUAUUAGUUUAUGUUGUUUUAAGUUAUUUUAUUGCAUAGUAACUCCCCAACCACCUUUCUGAUUUUCUUGAUUGCAUUAUAAUCAGGCUUUAACCACAUUUCUUAUUGUAUUACUUAUUUUUGUAGUUGGCACAACCUUUGAUUAGUAUUAUACUUUUCAAUAUUAAGUUUUAAUGUUGUUAUAAGUCCUUAACAUAUACAUGGCACAGCAUAUUUCUUUCAGAAGCACAAUUCUUUUCAUGCUUUCAAAAGGAACUCUCAUGCCUGGACUUUACUGACAUUUGAUGUUAUCAUAAAAACCCUUUGCCCAGUAUAUAUCGCCCAGUGAACAGAUGGUAAGUGCUUUUAAUAAAAUGUCAUUUAUGAG